AUGGUGCCGCCUCAGGCCCCGCUCCCUGCUCGGGAACUACACGGGGCUGGUCCCAAGUGGAGGAGACUCGAACCUGUGAGCUUCGCGGACGUGGCCGUGUACUUCUCUCCCGAGGAGUGGGCGUGCCUGCGGCCGGCGCAGAGGGGCCUGUACCGGGACGUGAUGCGGGAGACCUACGGCCACCUGGGAGCGCUCGGCUUCCGAGGCACCAAGCCAGCCCUCAUCUCCUGGGUGGAGGAAGAGGCCGAACUGUGGGGUCCGGCUGCCCAGGACCCGGAGGCGGGAAGGUGUCUGACAGCUGCAGAUACAGCGGAUUCCAGAAACGAGGAGAAAGGACAAAGGAAAGCGACUGAGGCACUGGAAAAGAUCGUUUUUAUGGCUUCUCGGCCUCCAGAGCUGAAGGCUCUUGAACCCCCUCCAGCUGGACUCUGUUACGGUUUGGAACAGCCGUCCAGGGCACCUCGCCGAGGCCGUCCCCCACUCUGGGCCCAUCCCCCUGUCCCACGAGCAGAUCAGCGUCAUGGCUGUUACAUGUGUGGAAAGAGUUUUGCCUGGCGCUCCACCCUGGUAGAGCACCUCUACACCCACACGGGAGAAAAGCCCUUCCGUUGCCCAGACUGUGGCAAGGGCUUCAGCCAGGCUUCCUCCCUGAGUAAGCAUCGGGCCAUCCACCGUGGGGAGCGACCCCACCGCUGUCCUGACUGUGGCCGGGCCUUUACCCAGCGCUCUGCCCUCACCACCCACCUACGAGUCCACACAGGCGAGAAGCCCUACCGCUGUACUGACUGCAGCCGCUGCUUUAGCCAAAGCUCUGCCCUCUACCAGCACCAGCGGGUCCACAGUGGUGAGACCCCCUUCCCUUGUCCAGACUGUGGCCGUGCCUUCGCCCACGCCUCAGACCUUCGGCGCCAUGUGCGCACCCACACAGGUGAAAAGCCUUAUGCGUGUCCAGACUGUGGGCGUUGCUUCCGGCAGAGCUCUGAGAUGGCGGCCCACCGGCGUACCCACAGUGGCGAGCGACCCUACCCCUGUCCCCAGUGUGGCAGGUGCUUCAGCCAGAAGUCAGCCAUGGCCAAGCACCAGUGGGUCCAUCGACCUGGUGCUGGGGGGCACAAGAGCUGCCAGCGUGUCACUGGGUUGCCUGUGCUCCUGGCUUCUGGCCAAGGGGACCUGGACCCCCCUGUAGGCUUCCAGUACUACCCAGAGAUAUUCCAGGAGUGUGGGUGA